AUGUCCUUGACCCUCGCGCGCUCGCCUUUGGAACCUAUCGUGAUGAACGGAGCGGGUUCUUCGAAGCGCAGGGGUGCGCGGUUUAGCAUGGAAGGCGUGGAGGAGAGUGAGCCGCCGGCGAAGAAGAGCAGGGUGGAUGGCGCGCAGACGGCUACUGUUGCGACCAAGGAGCAGGAUGGGGAUGCGGGUGCUGUGAGCAAGCGGAAGCGAAAAGUAUACGAAGAAGACCGAGAUGGCUUCUCAUUCAGCAAGAGUCGAAAAGCGAAAGCGUCGAAAGCACCGAGUAUUCGAGAUUCUACCGCGGAAAGAGCAUCACCCACAAAGGCGCCCUCAUUACCUUCACAGUUGGAAGCAGUCCCCGCGACGACGGAAGAGCCAGCACCCAAAACGACUGGCAGGAAGGUACGGCGCAAAUUACCAACCACACCUGAGCGCGAGGCGGCUGCCAAGCCUCCUCGACGCAGUAAACGACUAUCCGGCGACAACGUGGAGGAACAACGAGGCUCACCACACAAGCCGGCGCACGCUCAAUCACAUGCGAACCACGAACGCUCUCCAAGCCCUUUCCGAGCGAAACCGCUGACGAUAGAGAAGAAGCGAAGGCGCGGCGAGGAUGGAGUGGAGGAAGAGAAAAUCACGCGCAUUCAACUGCCUUUUGCCGAUACGCCGGUCAUCAAGCGCAACAGAGAAAUGCGCAAGGGAAGCGCGGAGAAUGGACAGCGACGAAGUAGCUCGGGGAUGCGAGGGCGAAGAGCAAGCAGCUUGAUCGAUGAGGGACGCGGGAAUGGUGAGUGGACUGCGCGUGCAUCGCACCCCAAGACUCCGACAGGGAAUCCAAGUUCUUCGUCUUUGUACGCAAAGACGUGGCCGACGUCCAGAAGCGCUCAAACACGACGACCAAGCGCACUGGUGCCGGACGUCUUCGCAUCGAUGCUGCAGGAUGAGGAUGACAUGAAGAAUCUCCCCGCGAUGCACCCAGCGAUGGAAAGUGUUGACAGAAUUCACGCUGACAAUGCCGUCCCAAAUACAGCCCUGCCACAUUCCGAAGUGCCCACUGCGGAGUUCUUCAAGCACAUUUCAGCAAACCUUACGGAGCCUCGACGAAUGCGCUGCCUCCUCGGCUGGUGCGGACUGAGAGCAUUGCCGCCGAAACCAGAGGCCCCGAAAGACGCCAGUGCCUCGUCGAAUCUCCAGUUUCAAGCCAUGCAAGCAGCUCGUGUGGUUCAGGAAGAGCUUUCGCAAGACUUGAUCACCAAAGGCGUGCUUAGCGACUGGUUUUCGAGGGACGAAAGUGUACCACCUCAAACCCCGUUGCGGAUGAAGGCGAAUCCUCGAAAUGUUGCAAAUACCAUCAAGGCUGAGGAGCUCGAAAGGGAGCUGGAGAGAUUGAAGAAAGAGCGAGCAGAAUGGGACGUCCUGGCUGCGUCGACGGCACGUCUAGCGUCACCCGCCAAGGAAGAUGCAGAGAUACCCGGCCACCUCUCACCCUUGCGGCCCGACCUUCUCGACAGUCCGCAGCGAGCAAUCCUCGAGCAGCUGCAGACAGCCUCCACCGGAUCCUCGACGGAGCCGGCGGCAAUCGAACAGCGCCUUGGAAGUCUCUCGGCAAACUUGGAAUUCACCGUCGAUCAGUUCGCUCACGGCGUGCACGCGCUGGCGGCUGUAAGGGACACUGCGGAGCGUUUGGCGGAGCGGGUCUUGGACGAUGCCGCGCGGGUGCUGGAGGAGCGCGAGAGGGAGCGCAAGGCGAAUGGAAAGGCUGUGGAUGCUAUGGAUGCUUUGCGGGGACUUGCUAAGGUGUUGAAUGCGAAGGAGCGGUGA